CCCAACACCACCCGGCUCUUCUCUGUCUCUCGUCUGUGCUCCCUGCGCUCGCCGCUGCUUGUUUUCCUCGCCCGCCUCCUGCUACGCGUCGUCACCGUCGAGUCACUCUACCUCUAACCUUUACCUCAACGACUUAACAGUCACAGCACCCUUUUCCCCCCCGUCACCACCCACAAUCCGCCAAGCUGAAUUCCCAACUCCCCCUUAGCGCCUCGGACCGCUCAAUCUCCUCCGUCCAGCAAGCUUCCAUCAUGCCUAACACGCCACCGCCUGCGCUGCUUCCCCCGCCUGAGGGCAUCUUCCACUCCUUUGACGAUCUCAUGGCAUCUGUCCAGAGAGUCGCCAAGGACCAAGGCUACGGCAUUGUAAAGCUCCGAGCUUCCAACUACCGUGAUGGUAAGCCCACAAGAUACGACCUGGUCUGCGACCGUGGUGGUGUCAAGUACAACAGCACAGCCAAAAAGAGAAACCCGUCUACCCGCAAGAUCGACUGCCCUUUCCGAGCAAAGGCUGUCUGUGAGGUGCAACUUGGAAACCAAUGGCGCUUCGCCCUCCAGGAAGCUCGCCACAACCACGAGCCCCGAGUCCCUACCGCCCAAGCCGGACCUGACAACGCCCCCCUGGCCACCUCGAUCCGCACGUUCAACAACAAGCUUGACCGCCUCAGCCACGACAUGGCACAGGGUUUCAUGAGAAUUGAGCAGCGUCUUGAGAACCUCGAGAAGCGCAUGGAGAACAUUGAGGCCCGCGCCGGGGGCUACGAACCUCGCUUCCAAGCCCUCGAAGGCCGAAUCCAAGGCAUGGAGGGUGCUCGCAUGGAUGGCAUGGGUAUGGAUGAUGUCGAGUCUCGAUUGCUUGCAUCAACUGUCAUGUAACACGACAAAUUUACGGCUGACACAGCCCGCUUUUGAGCUUCACUGUAACUCAUUAGCGCUUGUCGACGGUUAUGUCGUCUUGACUGUGGUAACACAACACGCCAUUUGCUAUGGUUUUGGAUAUGAGUGGUCCAAAGCUAGGAAGAAAAGUCUUUUAUGCAAGGAUGGACAUGGAGGCGGCGUUAUGAAUCCGCAUGAACGGAGUCUAUUGCUAGCACCGUUGGUGAAGCCUUGAUAGCAUGGGACGCCCACACUCUUCAUGUAUUUCACAUGAAAUCAUCUUUUAUUUUUGUUUUUGCGUUUGGGAACGGCGAUGCAGUUUAGGGUUAUGGAAAGGAAUCGGCGUUUACGGGAUACGAACGCAAACCGAGUUUGCAAAAUCGAAACAAAGUUACAAAAAGUACCAAGUCUUGCCCGCACAGAUUGCACCAAAGCGGCAGAUUCUUGAAGAGUACGCGGUAAGGAGAAUUUGAUAAGAUGGGAAAUAUUAUCGAGCGUGUUAUAUGUUUGGAACAAGGGUUUUAUGAACAAACGGACCGGGACACAAGCUUACCGGCCGAGACAAUUGUUGUUGAUUUUUGGCCUGCUCUUGUGUUUAGCUGCGCCUGCUUUUUUUAACGACAUUAGGGUUAUUCGCGACUUUUUUUCUCUUUCUUUCUUUAUAUGUGUUUUUUUUAUAUUUUGGCAGGCCGAACUAUGAACUUUGAUUUCUCUAUACAUUGAUGCUUGUGAUAUACUGCUCUCUCGUGACUAAAUACAUGUAUGCUCCGUCGCAUCCAACAAUGCCGCCUGUUGAUUAUGCGGCUAUUCUUACAUUGCAGCCGUUCUUCGCUUCCGCCUGCGCUUUUCAGCCAGUCUCAUCACCGUCAACAAAGAUAUGAGGAGAACGUCGGUAUAGAACUCAUCGCCAGGGGCAUACAUGUCCAGGACCAUCUCGCGCAUUGUGAAGCCUUCACAUCUGGCAGAGGCCACCACGGUGUCGGUCGAAUCGCAGAGCUGCCACGAAUGGGAGCCCCAGCCUGUAGGCUCCCACGUUAACGACCCAACACCCGCAGCUGUGACUGCAUAUUCUCCUCCAAACAUGGAAGCGCGACUGAUUUCUAUAGCUUUCCCGCGCACUUGGCCGCGUCCUGAGGAGCCAAACGUGGCAAUGUCGAUGGUGGCACAAGUCCGUGGCGGAGAACCGUCUGGUGGAUUGCUGAUGGCGCCAGCGCCUAGGUAAAGCUCUAUAUUCGGGCGUGACAUCUGAUGUAGCUGGACGGAUAGAAUUGGAGGAGCCCCGGGAGGGGAUCGUGUAUCGUGUAUAAGUGACUGUCUGCCC